AUGAGUGAAAGUAAUAAUACUAUGACAUCAAAAUCUUCAACAAUUCAACCUUCUUCUCCAACUCCUUCUGACGCAUCCUCUUCCGCGAGUAACAAAAAAGAGAAGGAGUCCUUUAUUACAAUUACACCAGCAAGUAAUAAUGUUUCUACAAUUGGAAAAGCUUCAAAAAAUGUACCUAGUUCUACACCUGCAAUAAAUAUUUUUUCAAAUGACGGAAACUUUUUGGAUCGAUUUAAAAAAAUGAAAGCCGAAGAAGACGAGAAAAAGAAACAGCUUGACGCUUUAGAAAGGAAAAAAGCAUUUGAAGAUCGAAUUAAAAACCGAGGAAAACGUAGAAGUCAACCCACGGAUGAAGAACCGGAAUCUAAACGCGCCACCUUAGAGGUUGUUGAACGUGGCGAAGUGUUGGAUCCAAAAGCCAAUGCAUAUUUAAAGGAAAUGCAAAAAUAUAAUGAACGUUUAUGUAAAGAUGAUUCAGGUCAUGUACGUCCAUUGGUGAAAUGA